AUGAAUGGCUUCAUAGACCAUGCUGGAUUUGUAAUGGAAGGGUCAAACCCAUUUCCUUUAUUUGUUAGUGAAUAUGGGUAUGAUCAGAGGGAGGUCAACGAUGCAGAAAAUCGGUUCAUGAAUUGCUUCACAGCUCAUCUUGCACAAAAAGACAUGGAUUGGGUAUUGUGGGAUUGGCAAGGAAGCUACUAUUAUAGAGAAGGUCAAGCAGAGCCAGUAGAAACUUUUGGAAUUUUUGACUCCAAUUGGACUCAAAUUAAAAACCAUACAUUUGAGAAAAAGUUUCAGCUAUUGCAAACUAUGUUGCAAGAUCCAACCUCCAAUGCAUCAUCUUCGUAUGUUAUGUAUCAUCCACAAAGUGGCCAAUGCAUCCUAGCCUCCAAUGACAAUAAAGGAAUUUUUUUGAGCAGUUGUUCCACCUCAAGUAGAUGGAGUCAUGGUGGUGAUGGCACUUCAAUUAAGAUUACAACUACUGGUUUAUGCUUAAAGGCCAAUGGAGAAGGCCUUAGAGUAUCUCUGUCAAGUGACUGCUUGAGUCAACAAAGUGUUUGGAGAGCCAUUUCAAAUUCUAAGCUUCAUUUGGCCACUUUCACUCAAGAUGGAAAGAACUUUUGCCUACAAAUUGAAAGCUCCAAUUCUUCAAAAAUUGUGACCCGCUCUUGUAUUUGUGCCAAUG